AUGCCGCCCCAGACCACCCUCGACAUCCAGGCCGCGCGCGCCCGCACCUCGUUCGACCCCGACUCGCUCCACCGCGUCCUCCUCAGCGGCCACAAAGACCCCGACACGCGCAAGCGCGUCGCUCAGCUCCUCGCCGACGACCCAAAGUUCGACAAGCGCGCGCGCCCGUACCUGUCGCGCCCCGAGCAGAUCGAGCGCGGCCUGAGCACCACAAAGGCCCUGUUCGACCUCGUCGACCGCCACGACCUCGACCACAACGAGUACCUCGAGGCCCUCGUGUCGGCCAUGGACGAGCCCGUCGGCCUCAACCUGCACGAGAUCGCCUUUACGCCCGUCAUCGCGAGCCAGGGCUCGGACGACCAGCAGGCACAGUGGCUCCCGAGGUGCUACAACCACGAGAUCCUCGGCGCCUACCUCCAGACCGAGCUCGGCCACGGUUCCAACGUCCAACAACUCGAGACGACGGCCACGUACGACUCGAAGACGGACGAGUUUGUCCUGCACUCGCCGACCAUCAGCGCGACCAAAUGGUGGAUCGGCGCGCUCGGCGUCCUCGCGACCCACGGCGUCGUCCAGGCGCGUCUCUUCCUCAAGGGCAAGGACUACGGCCCGCAUCUCUUCAUCCUCCAGCUGCGCUCGCUCGACGACCACUCGCUCAUGCCGGGCAUCGAGGCGGGCGAGAUCGGGCCCAAGGUUCACGGCGCCAUGGGCAGCGUCGACAACGGCUGGGCACGGUUCAACUCGGUCCGGAUCCCGCGCGCCCACAUGCUGUCGCGGUUCGCGUCGGUCGAUCCAAAGGACGGCGGGACGUACAAGACGCCGCCGCACGCCAAGUUGAGCUACGGCGGCAUGAUCUUUAUCCGGGCCCAGAUGAUCUCGAACCUGAGCUGGCGCGAGGCCAAGGCGGCCACCAUCUCGCUCCGGUACCUGCACAUGCGGCGCCAGUUUGCCGACCCCGAGGUCAAGACGGGCGAGCGCGUCGAGCGCCAGGUCAUCUCGUACCCGGGCGUCUACAUGCGCGUCGUCCCCGAGCUCGCCAACUGCAUCGUCUUCAUGCUCGCCGGCAAGGACAUGGCCAACCUGUACCACUCGAUGGCCGAGCGCCUCGCGACGGGCGAUACGUCGCUCCUCGCGUCGACGCACGCCGUCUCGUCGGGCCUCAAGGUGUACGUCUCGACGCGCACGGUCGCCGGCAUCGAGGUGUUCCGCCGCUCGAUGGGCGGCCACGGCAUGAUGGCGGCGUCGGGCGUCGGCCGCGUGUUUGCGACCGAGCUCCCCGCCCAGACGUACGAGGGCGAGAACGGCGUCCUGAGCCUGCAGGUUGCGCGUGCGGCGCUCAAGAGCCUCGCGAUCGCGGCUCGGGGCGGCGACAGGGCAAAGGCGCUCGUCGCCGAGUCGCCGUUCGACGCCUACCUCGGCGCGCUGUCGCCCCGGCCCGCGUCGCUGCCCGUCGCGGCCCCGUCGACCGGCGCCGACGCCCAGUGGACCGACCGCGCGUUCCUGACGCGCCUGCUCGCGCUGCGCGCCGCGCUGUCGGUCGCGCGCCUCGCCGAGCGCAUGCAGCGCGACGGCGCAAAGUUUGGCGACCUGAGCUGGGAGUGCAACGCCGCGAGCGACGCCGUCGUCGAGGCCUUCUUGGCAAAGCGCACGGGCGAGAUGCUCGAACAGCUCGAGGGCGCCGGCGACAGGGAGCGCGACGUCAUGCAGCGGGUCGUCAACCUCUUCCUCCUCUCGACGCUCGUCAACGCGCUCGCGCCCCUCCUCGAGCUGUCGAUCCUCGUCCCCUCGUCGGCCGCGCCGCUCCGCGCCGCCCAGGCCCACGCCGCCAAGGCGCUCCUGCCCGACCUCGUCGGCUUGACCGACAGCUUUGGGUUCUCGGACUGGGAGCUCGACACGUCGGUGGGCAACGCCGACGGUUCCGUGUACGAGCGCAUGCUGGCCAAAGCGCGCGCCGACACCGAGCUCAACCUCGGCACAAAGGCCGACCAGGAGCGCCUGUACCGCGACUACAUCAAGCCCGUCCUCGAGCGCGGAAAGCGCAGGGCCGCAGGCGGCAGGACUGACGAGAAGCUGUGAGUGGGAGCGCUGGAGGGGCGAGACUGCAAGGGAUCUGUGCGUCGUGCGU